CCAUCCAUAAUGGCUGUUGGCUGUGUUGUGGAAGCUUUUGUAGUUGUCCUACCCUCGUAAUUACCCCUUGAAUUCUGCUCCAAAAUAAUCACAAAUAUUCUCCAAUAAAUUGUGCCACCUCCCCCGCUCAGGUAAUGCAAUCAUUCCCUGAGAAAUCAUCAAAUAUCACGGGAUAAAAAACUCGAGAAGAAGAUCGGCAUCACUCCCCCCCAAAAAAUGAGUGAUCUCAUAGAUCUAUCCAGUCCAGAAGAGAAGAGACUCCGUCCAGAGCUCCCCUCUCCGCUGAUCCCAUCCCCGGAUAACGACUCGCCAAAGUCCACAGGCCUGAACCUCUCAGACACCCGAAGAAGCCUGGACAACAACCCCUUCGACAUGGUCCUGAGGAAGACAUCAGAGUACGUGAGCAAGUCGUCAGACCCUUUUGAAAUCGUCUUCGAGAGGGCGACGUCCAAGCGUCACUCAGACACUCUAAAAAUCAACAAGACCCUGGACGAGUCCCUGCUGAGCGCCAGCCACCUGGGGACGCCUGGAGCCGGUGAAAUCAAGGAUCACGUGCCCUCGAUCCUGGUGGAGCCACCCAGCCCCCUGAACCAUUCGAUUCUCGAUCAUUCCGCCAUGAACGACAGCUUUCGAACCUUCUCAGAUCGCCUGAGCAUGUCCAAGAACUUUCCUGGAUUGUCUGGGCCCCCAGGGCCCCUCGAGAAAUCAAUCCUCGAUAAUUCUGCGAUGAACGACACACUGUCCACGUCUGAAGGGAGCUCAGACGACUGCUUCAUCAAGUCUCUCAUCGCUCAGAGGGUCUCCAUGUGCAUCAGGAAGGGAACCCUCGACGCUGAACGCCUGGAGAACGACAACAAGAGCAUCAAGAACCCCAAGUUCAGGCGUUCAUUCUCCCAAGGGGACAGACUCAGUCCCAGGAAGUUUAGGAAGAGGUCAACGUCAAUCGUCAGUGAUCGAAGGAAUUCCGAUUACUCUGUGCCCUCUAUUCUCUUCGAGGAUCCACUCAAUCUGGCCUUCAUGUCCAGGGAGAGGUCAGACUACUCUGUCAUCAGCGAUUACUCGGAACUCUCGAACAUAACGAGGGUCAACUCUAUCAACUCUGGGAGCUUAUUCUCGUGGAAGUCCAGCAAUGAUAGUGCUAAUAGGGGGUUCAUUGAGGGGAGUGGGGUCGGCGGGUCCAGGGGGUCCGAGGGGAACUUCAGUGAUCUCAUCUCCAGGUUCAAGAGCUUGAGGAUGAAGUCGUCUGCUGGAGACGAGGUCGCCAGCAUCAGGGAGGCCAGUCCGGGGGCCCCGGAGGAUGAGGUGUUUCUGGAGGACGAGGGGGCGAAGCAGUCCAUCUUUUCGCAGGCCAAUAUUCUCGCCAGGACUUUUGAGGAACUGGCCGAGAAGUCGACGAAAGGAUCAAGCAGUAGUGGAGAGAACCUGCUGAGCACUCGUCUCCCCAGCAACUUCGAACUGUCCCCCGAGACCUCGGCCACCUGUCCCACCAUAACGGAUGCCUCUACCUCCCACGUAAAAUCGGAGUCACCUCAAAAAACCCCACCCCCCAAUUCUUCGGAUCCUUCCAAGAUCUCCCCGGAGAAGAAGAAAGAGGCAGCAGCAAACCUGCUGCGAGACCUCGAGAACGUAAUUAAAACCGAGCAGAACCCAGAAAUAAUGAAACUCCUGAAGAAUCUGGAAGAGGCCCUGGGAGUAAAAUCCGAAAGUAAUUUAGAAUUGUUACCCAUGCAUUCCAAUCCGUCCAUGCAGGAGGAAAAAUCCCCAACAAAAAUUCCCAUCAGUUCCACCAAAACGACCAAACAAGUGUCUCCAAGAGAAAAGACUAUCAACUCCCUGAAUAAAAAUCAACACAUGGCUAAAGAUUCCCCAGAAGAUUGCCACAAAGUUGCCGACAAAAAAUCUCUCGCAAAAAUAGACAAUAAAUCCCAGAAAACUGAAGAGAAUUCCCAGAGAUCUCGCCCGAAUGAACGAAAAGAUGAGUCAUCAGGAGAAACACCGUCCCUGGAGGAAUCGGAAGCGAGUAAUAAAUCAGGAUCGAUGAAUCAGGAAUCAGAGAAGAGCACAGAGGACAACACAGAGCCUGGGAUGGAUCCUCACGAGGAUAACGCAGACAAUCUCGAGGUGAAUAAUUCCACCAACAAAUCCACCUCGAAGGUGCUCCCUCCAGCGACUGAAUCCACUCAACGUUCCUUCACAACCCAGAAACUAAUCCUAGACAUUCAACUGGCCCUGGGAAAGCUCCUGGAGGACUGCAGAGACGAGCCAGCCCUCGUCCUGGAGAAUCUGAACAAAGUGCUGACCCCAAAGCCCGAGAGGCACCCAACCUCCCCUAGAAAAUCCUGUCUUCCCUAUCGUUCCUUGAAGUCCUUGGGUCAUCAGCUCCCAGAGUCCCAGGAAAUCGUCGAGAAGAGUUCGUCGAAGCCGUUCCCCCUGAGACGUCGUUCCUCGAUCGCUCAGGCUCCAGAAAAAUCCAGGAAUCCAGAGGCGAAAGGAUCAGUGAGUCCCAAGAAAUACGUUAAUAGAAGAAACACCAGUGAUCCAGGAAUUGUGAAUGUGACUGUUGAGAAGAAGCAGAUGAAUGUGAGUUUGAAGAUAAAAUCGACCCUUCCAGUGGGGGAUAAAGCGAAAUUGAAGAAGAAGAAUGAUUCUGUGGGGACGAAGAAAGGUCCUAUGAAGGCUCUGGUGCCACUGGGGAGCAUGCAACGACCUGGAACACGUGCAGCUCCUGGAACACCACCGAAGCGGCACAAAGUGCCGUCACCCUUGAAGAUUGCAACAAGCACUCCUGAUCCUAGUCCUAUUGUCCUUGGGAAGAAGACGACGAAAACAAAACCAGUGGCUUCGUCCACUCCAGACGUGGGGAGCAAGGACAAGAGCAGUCGAAGUCACAUUCCCCAGAGCCCCAAGAGAAACAUGAGCUGGAAUAUUUCUCCAGUGACUCCAAAUGCUAAAGGGAAUGCUAGCAGUAUGUUUGGGGAGGCUGAAGUUCCGCAGACUCCAAAGAAAGUGGAGAAAAGUUUGAAGAGCAGUUCUCCUCUCAUUGGGGGGCUCAGUAGAAUGAAGGACAAGAUUAUUCAUGGGAGGAGGUCUGAACCUGUCCGGGGCUCACCCAGGAUUGAGGGGAGGGGAGGGAGUAAGGCUGGUGGUAGUCCUCUGAAGGAGAACAAUGUGAUAAAAGUCAAAGCACUAAACUUGACUGCGAAAUUUCGUCGUCGCAGCGGCAGUCUGGGGAAUAUGGAGAAGGAGAAUAAAUUUUCAACUCCUAAAGUUUGAGAAGAAAUAAAUCAGGAACGAUUGAAUCGCUCAUUAUCAAACGAGAAUUUACAUGUAUUAUUACGUUUUUUUACGGUUCUUUGAUAAAUUUUGUAUAAGGUAAUAAAUUAUCAAUCAAUUUUGGAGUAAAAAUGAUUUUUUAAAUGGUGAUUUUACAUUUACUUCAAUGAGAAAAGGUGCAGUUGUUCCUCCUGGAA